CACCAAACCCAAAGAUGCAAAGUUCACCAAAAAGAGAAAGUUCACUCCUGGGAAGGGCAAGGAAGAGGAAGGUAUGAAAUGUGUACAGUCUCCAAUUCCAACGUUUUUAAUAGGCUAACAGUACUUUUUGUAUUUAUUAUGGACCCCCAUUAGCUGCUGCCAAGGAAGCAGACUCUUCCUGGGGUCCAGCAACAUAAGACAGUUACAUACAGUUUAAAAUACUACAUGACAUUACAUUUCAUAAUGGCAUGCUGAAGAUUUUUUAUGGUAUUUCAUGAAAUAGGUAUAUUUCUUAGAUUCUAAGUUGCAUGAAUCUACAUCUACGUAUGAAUGAUCAGCGAUCACACUAAUGGUGGAAUGCUUGUCUGUCUGUUUGCUCAGGUUCUGAGACCAAGAAACCCAAAUGGGACGAAUUCAAACAGCAGAAGAAGGAACUGAAACAGAACCGGCAGCAGACUGAGAAAAAGGAGAGUUAUCAAAUAGUGAGCAGAGCCAAGCAGGAGUGGGAGAUGGUCAGAAGGUAGGCUAAACCAGCUACUCUAUUAUACUGAACAAAAAUAUAAAAGCAACAUGUAGUGUUGGUCCCUUAUUUCAUGAGCUGAAAUAAAAGAUCCCAGAAAUGUUCCAUAUGCACAAAAAUAUUGUUUCUCUCAAAUUCUGUGCACAAAUAUGUUUACGUCCUUGUUAGUGAGCAUUUCUCCUUUGCCAAGAGAAUCCAUCCACCUGACAGGUGUUGCAUAUCAAGAAGCUGAUUAAACAGCAUGAUCAUUACACAGGUGCACCUUGUGCUGGGGACAAUAAAAGGUCACCAAAAUGUGCAGUUUUGUGACAUAACACAAUGCCACAGAUGUCUCAAAUUAAGGGAGUGUGCAAUUGGCAUGCUGACUGCAGGAAUAUCCACCAGAGCUGUUGCCAGAGAAUUGAAUGUUAAUUUCUCUACCAACCGGCCUCACAACCGCAUACCACAUGUAACCACGCCAGCCCAGGACCUCCACAUCUGGCUUCUUCACAUGCGGGAUCAUCUGAGACCAGCCACAUGGACAGCUGAUGAAAAUUAGGAGUAUUUCUGUCUGUAAUACUGCCCUUUUGUGUGGAAAAACUCAUUCUGAUUGGCUGGGCCUGGCUCCCCAGUGGGUGGGCCUAUGCCCACCCAUGGCUGUGCCCAUAGAUUAGGGCCUAAUUCAUUUAUUUCAAUAGACUGAUUUCCUUAUGAACUAACUCAGUGAAAUUGUUGCAUGUUGGGUUUAUAUUUUUGUUCAGUAUAGUUAUUGUGCCAGCAGUCUUACAAAACGUCCUUCCUUUUUAUUGGGGGAGCGAUUAGGUUGCAUGUAUUUAGACCUGUACUUAUUUAUUAUGUAUCCCUUUAUUUCAAUACAGGAAAGACUGCGACAAAGAGAAGAGGAUCAAACUCAUGAAAGAGCUUCAGGAACUUGUUAAAGGAAAGAUCAAAACAGUGAGUACAGGAUGACAUUUACAUUGCUGAAAGGCAGCAUUCAAAUCUAUAAUUUAGAUUGUACAUUAUCGCAAUUGACACUGCACAAAUUGAGAGCAUAGCACAAUGGAGGAUUUAAAUAAGAGGCCGUCUGCGAUCUUUUAAGGUACUUACUACUGUAUAGUGUCUGUUCCAGGUGUGUAGGAGUCAAGGCACGACUCCAACACCAUCAUUAAGUUUGCCGAUGACACAACAGUGGUAGGCCUGAUCACCGACAACGAUGAGACAGCCUAUAGGGAGGAGGUCAGAGACCUGGCCGUGUGGUGCCAGGAUAACAACCUCUCCCUCAACGUGACCAAGACAAAGGAGAUGAUUGUGGACUACAGGAAAAAAAAAGAGGACUGAGCAUGCCCCCAUUCUCAUCGACGGGGCUGUAGUGGAACAGGUUGAGAGCUUCAAGUUCCUUGGUGUCCACAUCACCAACGAACUAUCAUGGUCCAAACACACCAAGACAGUCGUGAAGAGGGCACGACAAAGCCUAUUCCCCCUCAGGAGACUGAAAAGAUUCGGCAUGGGUCCUCAGAUCCACAAAAAAUUAUACAGCUGCACCAUCGAGAGCAUCCUGACUGGUUGCAUCACCGCCUGGUAUGGCAACUGCUUGGCCUCCGACCGCAAGGCACUACAGAGGGUAGUGUGUACGGCCCAGUACAUCACUGGGGCCAAGCUUCCUGCCAUCCAGGACCUCUAUACCAGGCGGUGUCAGAGGAAGGCCCUCAAAAUUGUCAAAGACUCCAGCCACCCUAGUCAUAGACUGUUCUCUCUGCUACCGCACGGCAAGCGGUACCGGAGUGCCAAGUCUAGGUCCAAAAGACUUCUCAACAGCUUCUACCCCCAAGCCAUAAGACUCCUGAACAGCUAAUCAUGGCUACCCGGAGUAUUUGCACUGCCCCCCCACCCCAUCUUUUUACGCUGCUGCUACUCAGUUAAUUAUUUAUGCAUAGUCACUUUAAGUCUACCCACAUGUACAUAUUACUUCAACUACCUCAACUAGCCGGUGCCCCCGCACAUUGACUCUGCACCGGUACCCCCCUGUAUAUAUAGCCUCCCUACUGUUAUUUUAUUUUACUUCUGCUCUUUUUUUUCUCAACACUUUUUUGUUGAUGUUUUAUUUUACUUUUUUAUUAAAAAUAAAUGCACUGUUGGUUAAGGGCUGUAAGUAAGCAUUUCACUGUAAUGUCUGCACCUGUUGUAUUCAGCGCAUGUGGCCAAUAAAAUUUGAUUUGAUUUGAUUUGAAAAUAAGAAUACUGGAAAAGAUGGAGACGUGCACACUGUAAAACAAAAAAAUAAUAAAUCCAAAACUGAUGCUUGAAUGCAAAAUAAAGAUGUUUAUUAAAACAUCAUGAUGCACAAAAAAAUCAUUGCAUAAAUGAAAGGUGAAAACAAAUAUUUUUGCCUCAGGCCAUCAUCAGUUUGAAUGUCGGCACACACGCCUGGCUUCUAUUUCAGGAUAAUUGCAUGUCACAUGAUCAAGAAGGCAACGCAUCAGAAAAUCUAUGAAUCAGUGCCUAGUAGAAUAGAAUGCAUGAUCUAGAUUAUAUAAAAAAAUAUACAAAAGCGGACAGAGAAAUGUCAUCAAUUAUUGCUUUUACAUAUACCAUGUGAACAUUACCUCAGAAUAAAUAAGAUAGAAUUGUAAGAGUAGGGAGCUAGAGAUACCACUAGAUGGGGGUAUCGAACACCAAUAAGAGGCAAAAUACCAGUUACAGAAAACACUUCAAUAACAAUUCUUCAUUCAUGCCGAAUGGGUGGAGAGUUUUUAAAUAUAACAUCCACCAGCAUUCUGUCUGGAGAAGACUAAGUUCAAGAUUACCACCCCUACGUGAACGUUUUAUCUGUUGUAUAGCACAUCUUUAUUUUGCAUUCAAGCGUCAGUUUUGGAUUUAUUCCUCUUUUUGUUGACAGUGUGCGGUUCUCCAUCUCUUACAAUAGAGAAUUUGCCAUCCACUGAAAUUAAUGGACAGACAAUGACUGUCAAUACUUGAAUACUAUAAAACAGUUGAGCACAAUAGACAUUCAAAUUCGUUUUCAGUGCAUGACAUCCAAAUGCUCAACUCAAGUUUGCGGAUAAAGUUAACAUCCUUUUUCUUAUUCAGAUAGCAUUUGCUCACGACUCCACCAGAGUCCUCCAGUGUUUUAUCCGGUUUGGAAACGACAAGCAAAGACAAGUUUUUGAUGAACUCAAAGGUCAGUAGUUUGUUAAGCGGUACUGGAGCGCCAAGUCUAGGUCCAAAAGGCUUCUUAACAGCUUCUACUCCCAAGCCAUAAGACUCCUGAACAGCUAAUCAUGGCGACCUGCACCAGGCUGGGAAGACUGAAUCUGCAAUAGGUAAGCAGCUUGGUUUGAAGAAAUCAACUGUGGGAGCAAUUAUUAGGAAAUGGAAGACAUACAAGACCACUGAUAAUCUCCCUCGAUCUGGGGCUCCACGCAAGAUCUCACCCCGUGGGGUCAAAAUGAUCACAAGAACGGUGAGCAAAAAUCCCAGAACCACACGGGGGGACCUAGUGAAUGACCUGCAGAGAGCUGGGACCAAAGUAACAAAGCCUACCAUCAGUAACACACUACGCCGCCAGGGACUCAAAUCCUGCAGUGCCAGACGUGUCCCCCUGCUUAAGCCAGUACAUGUCCAGGCCCGUCUGAAGUUUGCUAGAGUGCAUUUGGAUGAUCCAGAAGAGGAUUGGGAGAAUGUCAUAUGGUCAGAUGAAACCAAAAUAUUACUUUUUGGUAAAAACUCAACUCGUCGUGUUUGGAGGACAAAGAAUGCUGAGUUGCAUCCAAAGAACACCAUACCUACUGUGAAGCAUGGGGGUGGAAACAUCAUGCUUUGGGGCUGUUUUUCUGCAAAGGGACCAGGACGACUGAUCCGUGUAAAGGAAAGAAUGAAUGGGGCCAUGUAUCGUGAGAUUUUGAGUGAAAACCUCCUUCCAUCAGCAAGGGCUUUGAAGAUGAAACGUGGCUGGGUCUUUCAGCAUGACAAUGAUCCCAAACACACCGCCCGGGCAACGAAGGAGUGGCUUCGUAAGAAGCAUUUCAAGGUCCUGGAGUGGCCUAGCCAGUCUCCAGAUCUCAACCCCAUAGAAAAUCUUUGGAGGGAGUUGAAAGUCCGUGUUGCCCAGCGACAGCCCCAAAACAUCACUGCUCUAGAGGAGAUAUGCAUGGAGGAAUGGGCCAAAAUACCAGCAACAGUGUGUGAAAACCUUGUGAAGACUUACAGAAAACGUUUGACCUGUGUCAUUGCCAACAAAGGGUAUAUAACAAAGUAUUGAGAAACUUUUGUUAUUGACCAAAUACUUAUUUUCCACCAUAAUUUGUAGGAUUUUUAAUGAAUUUAUUUGCAAUGUGGUUUUCUAGAGAAAAAAAAUCUCAAUUUGUCUGUCAUAGUUGACGUGUACCUAUGAUGAAAAUUACAGGCCUCUCUCAUCUUUUUAAGUGGGAGAACUUGCACAAUUGGUGGCUGACUAAAUACUUUUUUCCCCCACUGUACAUAAAACAUGGCGUAAUACAGAACGCCAACAGACAGUUACAGCUGAAGGACAGAGCUACAUAAAACCGGUGCCCCUGCACAUUGACUCUGUACCGGUACCCUCUGUAUAUAGCCUCCCUACUAUUAUUUUAUUUUACUGCAGCUUUUUUUUUUUUUUACUUAACACUUUUUUUUAUUUUCUUAACUGCAUUGUUGGUUAAGGGCUUGUAAGUAAGCAUUUCACUGUAAGGUCUACACCUGUUGUAUUCGGCGCAUGUGGCAAAUCAUAUUUGAUUUGUUCUGUUCUAAUGUUCUGUUAUUCCCUGAGUAAUGAGUCAGUUGUUUUUGUCAUGUCAAUCACAAUGCUCAAUGAUGUUAUCCUGUUCCGUAGAUGAUAUGGUCGAGCUGAGUAAAUCAAAGUAUGCCAGAAAUAUUGUGAAGAAGUUCUUAAUGUAUGGGUAAGUGAGCCUUUUGCUUUCUAGAAAUUUUGCAUUUACAUAAAGUCGUAGCACUAGCAAUACAUGUAGUAUUUUCAUAUCUGAUAUUAGCAUUAGAUCCUGGCAGGAAAGCUGGCCAAAAUAGUCAAAACUAAAUAAAAGGGUCAUCUUGUUGAAUAAAUAAUCAUUGUAAAUCUAUGCAUGAUGUACAGUGGGGAGAACAAGUAUUUGAUACACUGCCGAUUUUGCAGGUUUUCCUACUUACAAAGCAUGUAGAGGUCUGUAAUUUUUAUCAUAGGUACACUUCAACUGUGAGAGACGGAAAAUCACAGAAAAAAUCCAGAAAAUCACAUUGUAUGAUUUAAGUAAUUAAUUUGCAUUUUAUUGCAUGACAUAAGUAUUUGAUACAUCAGAAAAGCAGAACUUAAUAUUUGGUACAGAAACCUUUGUUUGCAAUUACAGAGAUCAUACGUUUCCUGUAGGUCUUGACCAGGUUUGCAUAGACUGCAGCAGGGAUUUUGGCCCACUCCUCCAUACAGACCUUCUCCAGAUCCUUCAGGUUUCGGGGCUGUCGCUGGGCAAUACGGACUUUCAGCUCCCUCCAAAGAUUUUCUAUUGGGUUCAGGUCUGGAGACUGGCUAGGCCACUCCAGGACCUUGAGAUGCUUCUUACGGAGCCACUCCUUAGUUGCCCUGGCUGUGUGUUUCGGGUCGUUGUCAUGCUGGAAGACCCAGCCACGACCCAUCUUCAAUGCUCUUACUGAGGGAAGGAGGUUGUUGGCCAAGAUCUCGCGAUACAUGGCCCCAUCCAUCCUCCCCUCAAUACGGUGCAGUCGUCCUGUCCCCUUUGCAGAAAAGCAUCCCCAAAGAAUGAUGUUUCCACCUCCAUGCCUCACGGUUGGGAUGGUGUUCUUGGGGUUGUACUCAUCCUUCUUCUUCCUCCAAAUACGGCGAGUGGAGUUUAGACCAAAAAUAUAUAUUUUUGUCUCAUCAGACCACAUGACCUUCUCCCAUUCCUCCUCUGGAUCAUCCAGAUGGUCAUUGGCAAACUUCAGACGGGCCUGGACAUGCGCUGGCUUGAGCAGGGGGACCUUGCGUGCGCUGCAGGAUUUUAAUCCAUGACGGCGUAGUGUGUUACUAAUGGUUUUCUUUGAGACUGUGGUCCCAGCUCUCUUCAGGUCAUUGACCAGGUCCUGCCGUGUAGAUCCCUCACGAUCAUUGAUGCCGCACGAGGUGAGAUCUUGCAUGGAGCCCCAGACCGAGGGUGAUUGACCGUCAUCUUGAACUUCUUCCAUUUUCUAAUAAUUGCGCCAACAGUUGUUGCCUUCUCACCAAGCUGCUUGCCUAUUGUCCUGUAGCCCAUCCCAGCCUUGUGCAGGUCUACAAUUUUAUCCCUGAUGUCCUUACACAGCUCUCUGGUCUUGGCCAUUGUGGAGAGGUUGUGUCUGUUUGAUUGAGUGUGUGGACAGGUGUCUUUUAUACAGGUAACGAGUUCAAACUAGGUGCAGUUAAUACAGGUAAUGAGUGGAGAACAGGAGGGCUUCUUAAAGAAAAACUAACAGGUCUGUGAUAGCCGGAAUUCUUACUGGUUGGUAGGUGAUCAAAUACUUAUGUCAGGCAAUAAAAUGCAAAUGAAUUACUUAAAAAUCAUACAAUGUGAUUUUCUGGAUUUUAGUUUUAGAUUCCGUCUCUCACAGUUGAAGUUAUGAUAAAAAUUACAGACCUCUACAUGCUUUGUAAGUAGGAAAACCUGCAAAAUCGGCAGUGUAUCAAAUACUUGUUCUCCCCACUGUACAUGAUUCAACAGUAAUCCUUUGUGAUCGCAUUUAAAAUUAAUAUUGGCGUGCGGCUUGAUCUAAUCUGUGGUUGAAUUUACUGAUCAUUUGCUUAGAAGACAUAAAAAAUGGGAAUCAAGUCAAUAAUUCAAAACUCCACUCAUUGUAACCUUCUCUGUAAUCCUGACCUUGGCUGAAGAUACCAGCUGUUUUUGAGAAUAAUCUGAUUUCAUGGCUCAGAUAUUAAAAUGAGGGGAAAUGUUAUCCCAGUAUGAAGGCAUAUCUUGUAGGAUUAAUAUAAAGGUCAUAAUUUGAUUGAGUCUCUACUCACUACUAGUUUAUCUGGCAUGCAGUGAUGUUUACAGAUUAAAUAAGUAAUCUGACGUCAGGUGUGUGUGUAUCGUGUCCCACAGGAGCAAAGAGCAGGUUACAGGUGUGAUGGUGGGCUUCAAAGUGAGGCAGAUGCUGCGUCACUCGGAGGCGUCGUCGGUGGUGGAGUACGCUUACAACGACAAGGCUAUCCUCUCUGAGACUCCUGCUCACUGAGGAGCUCUACGGAACCACAUUCCAAGUCUUCAAGGUCAGGACACCUCCAACACCUCUCCCACUGUAGCAAAGUGUUGUUCUAAGUAAUAGUAUAGUUCUAAGCAGUAGUGUAGUUCUUCUCAUACACCUCUUCUCUAGUUCAGUGAAAGUCUUGAACAGACUGCAUAAUCCCGUUACCAAUAAAUCGUCUUUCUGAUUGCUUGUCUCUGAAUAUCUGCUGGUGUGGAUGAUAUGCAGAAUCUUACUGACACUUGGUGUUUGUUCCCAGUCGGCAGUGUGCCCCACGCUAGAGAAGGUGCUGGAGGCUAACCCAGACAAGGUUAAUGGCAUUUUGGAGGAGAUGAAACAGAUCCUUACCCCCAUGGCCACAAAGUGAGCAUUAUUGAGCACACACACCUCUAACCCUUCACUCUGCACACAGGAAAUGAUCAAAUAAAUCAAAAUACUGCUUUUGAUUUCUGUCCAUGUUAUCUUUUCCCACAGAGAGGCUGUGAUCAAACAUUCUCUGGUGCACAAAGUAUUUCUGGACUUCUUCCUGCAUGCCCCAGCCAAACAAAGGACUGUAAGUAGAACCACCAAUGACUGAAUAAAUUACUGAAUCCUACAUUUUGAUCAUGUGACUUAACAGGAAAUGAUUGAGUCGAUAAGGGAGUCUGUGGUUUAUAUGGCCCACACCCACGAUGGAGCUAGAGUAGAAAUGCGCUGCCUGUGGCAUGGGACACCUAAGGUGAGUAUUCACUUAGGCCUUCUAGAGAGAUGAUCCUCACCAACCACAGACUAGUGUGUGUCCUGUGCAUGUAUGUACACUGAUUUAUUGGUUCUGUCUUUCAGGACAGAAAAGUCAUCAUUAAAACCAUGAAGACGUACAUUGAGAAGUUUGCAACGGUCAGCCAACACAACAGACAAUUUGAUCGCCGCGGUCAGACAUGCAAAUAUGUAAACGUCAGUGUGUGUGGCUGCACUGGGCCUUUAACAUACCUUAAUUGCUAUUGUGAGGCAAUUGGACAGAAAUGAUGAGAUGCCAUCCAUGCUUCAUGCUUUAUAUAGUCUAUACUUUAAAGGAUCUGUCUCCAUCUGACCCUUUGUCCCUGUAGCAAGAAGGACGUUGCCCUUCGUCGUAAGGAGCUCCUGGAGGCGGUGUCUCCGCCUCUGAUUCAGCACCUGUGUGACCACGCCCGCACCAUGGUGAUGGACAAGGCCUCCAGCGUCACCGUUAGUGAAAUUCUGGGGUCCGCCAUCGGGGACCUGCGUCCUGCCAUGGAGGCUGUCGCUGAGCUGGCCGCUGACGACUUCACACCAGGAGGAGUGGAGGGGCAGGUGAGGACGGGACGGGGCGGGUGAGGAGGGGACGGGGGCGUGGUGUGUCAUAUUAGAGAUCCUCCAGUACUUUUUUUACUUUUUAGCCAGUAGUUCUGAAAGUAGCACUCACCAGCCAAAUGUGGUCCCCAGAAAUGUCAUACUACAAGUGCAGAUAUGUGCACCACAUCAUUGCGCUCCCUCUCUCUACUGUGUGUGCAUUAGCUGUCACCCAAAUGGCGAGGGACUGAAGCUCAUUGGCUAGAACUUGAAUUGCUAGGGGGCUGGCCCACAUGGGGGAAAAUGUAGGGAAAAUGGCGCAGCGCAACUUUCAUCAAACUAGAGAUUUUGUUGCUAAUUUAGGUAAGACAGUAGUUCUGCUCAUAGAUGAUGCAUGUAUGAACUGCACAUUGACACAUCCAGGCCAAAUCGGGAGGUUUAAAAAAUACUUAGUAAUUGCAAAUGUUCCGGAGCAUGUCUUUAAAGUAGGAGAAUUAAGUAGUCUCUCAUAGGUGAGAAUUGCAAUUGUUUUGACGUCUCCAUUGGGUUAGCUUUUUCAGUCUGUUUGGUCAACUGCGCGAUGAUUGAACUGGCUUGAUAUCAGGAACACUUAAAAUGGUAAAAUCUGUGGUCUCUACUGUCCUCUAGCAAGUGCUUGGUAUUCAGUGUGAACAUGUUUUCCUCCUCUGUAUCCUGUUCUAUAGCUGCACAUGGCUGAACACCCUGCCGGGCAUCUGGUGCUCAAGUGGCUGAUCGAACAAGACAAGAUGAAGGAGGCCGAGAGAGAGAGAAGGUACGACUGA